ACAUCACGACUCCGAACCACCUCAGAGCGAGCCAAUCCCCGCACGUCUCGACCCUCACGGCUCGAUACUCGUUUCCACAUCCACCGUGGACAUAGAUUCUACAUACGGCAGCCUCAUACGUUAGCAGAGGUGCCUCCAUCCACGUUUCUCUUCCAAUUUGUGCGCGCCCAAUCCCCCCCGAGCGGGAUCCCACACACACACACGAUCCAGCCACCAUGUCGGAACAGUUAGCAGACAAGCUGAAGAGCACCACACUCAGUGACGGCACCAACAGCCCCGGGAGCAAUGACGGCUGGAAAUCAAAGCUCAACCUCCCUGCAAAAGACAACCGCCAACAAACAGAGGAUGUCACCAACACAAAGGGCCUCGAGUUCGAAAACUUUGCCCUGAAGCGCGACUUGCUCAUGGGUAUCUUCGAAGCCGGUUUCGAGCGCCCGUCUCCCAUUCAAGAGGAGGCCAUCCCCGUGGCCCUGACCGGCCGCGAUGUGCUCGCCCGCGCCAAGAACGGCACCGGCAAGACCGCCGCCUUUGUCAUCCCGACCCUCGAACGCAUCAAUCCCAAAGUCAACAAGAUCCAGGCCCUGAUCCUGGUCCCCACACGCGAGCUUGCCAUGCAGACCUCGCAGGUCUGCAAGACCCUCGGCAAGCACCUCGGCAUCAACGUCAUGGUCACCACCGGCGGCACCAGCCUGCGCGACGACAUUUACCGGUUAGACGGUCCCGUCCAUAUUGUGGUCGGUACCCCCGGUCGUAUCCUCGAUCUGGCCGGCAAGAACGUGGCGGAUCUCAGCGAGUGCCCCAUGUUCGUCAUGGACGAGGCCGACAAGCUCCUGUCCAGCGAGUUCACGCCCGUCAUCGAGCAGCUGCUCCAGUUCCACCCCAAGGACCGCCAGGUCAUGCUCUUCUCCGCCACCUUCCCCCUCUCCGUCAAGGAGUUUUCCGACCGCAACAUGACCAACCCGUACGAGAUCAACCUCAUGGACGAGCUCACCCUCCGGGGUAUCACGCAGUACUACGCCUUUGUCGAGGAGAAGCAAAAGGUGCACUGCCUGAACACGCUCUUCUCCAAGCUGCAGAUCAACCAGUCCAUCAUCUUCUGCAACUCGACCAACCGCGUCGAGCUGCUCGCCAAGAAGAUCACCGAGCUCGGCUACUCGUGCUUCUACAGCCACGCCCGGAUGCAGCAGCAGGCGCGCAACCGCGUCUUCCACGACUUCCGCAACGGCGUCUGCCGCAACUUGGUGUGCUCCGACCUCCUCACGCGUGGCAUUGACAUUCAGGCCGUCAAUGUGGUCAUCAACUUUGACUUCCCCAAGAAUGCCGAGACCUACCUCCACCGCAUCGGUCGCUCCGGCCGCUACGGACAUCUCGGUCUCGCCAUCAACCUCAUCAACUGGGACGACCGCUUCAACCUGUACAACAUUGAGCGCGAUCUCGGCACCGAGAUCCAGCCGAUCCCCGCGAGCAUCGACAAGAGCCUUUACGUGUACGAGAACCCCGAAUCCAUCCCUCGACCCGUCAACAUCAUCAAGAACGAACAGCCUUCGCAGGCACAGGAGCAGCAGCAGCAGGGCGGUGUUGUUCAGGGGCAGCCCCAGGGAACCUGGCAGGGCCAGGGCACCAGCCAUAACGGCGGGUACCGGGGUCGCGGUGGGCGUGGCCGUGGCUACCGCGGGCGAGGUGACGGCAGCGGACGUGGACGCGGUGGUGGUCGGGGCCCGCCGCGCGAAUCGCCGGCCUAAUCUCAUUGCAUUCAUGAUGAGGCGUACAUGGAGUCUGUGGAUUUCACUCAUUUUUUUUUUCUUCUUUUCUUCGUUGUCUUGUUUUUAGGGAGAGGGCUAUGGUCUAUCUUUUCAUGUUGGAUGUAAAGUUAGUAUUCGCCCUGAGAUUUUCUUUUUUUGAGCGAAUCGGAAGGGAAAGGGACCUAUCGGCGCAACAGGAGUACGGGGGCAAGCACAUGCCACACACACACACACCUC